GUGUAUAUAAAGGCAGCAUUAGAUUAAGUACAUAACAGCACUUCCUUGUAGACUUUAAAAGAUGUACGUCGCUGUCUUCCUUUUCAUGGCUCUUGCAUCCAUCAGCCACAGAGGUGUUUCCGCUCAAGGUUCACAGUGUGGGUCAAAGUUAGAUGAUUGCAAGACAAAUUUGUUUGGAUUAGUGAUUAAAGGCUGCAGCGACCAUAAGAAAUGUGUUGCCAAAGCCUUAACCGACUGCAAUACAACUCAGGAUAGGAAGGUUGGAAAACAGAUACUGGACAAGCAAAGAUGUUAUUGUAGUACCAGCUCAUGCAAAUUGCUAGCGAUAAGUUACCUUGGAAUAAAAAACUGCAGAGAGAUGCAGAGAUGUGUCAAGGAAGAACUUACUGACUGUGUAGCAAAUGACGACGAUAGGUCAAAAGCAAAUAAGGAGCUCGACGACGAAGGCUGUUCCGGUUCAAGUCUUCCUUUUAUCAGUGGAAUGUGUCUUUUGAUCGUAACACUGUUACAUACCAUGUAACGUUGUUAUUGGAAUAAGGAUUACGUCAAACCCGCAGAUAGAUAACACCAUCUCACAUACCUAAAAUCACUCAAAGGAUUGGUUAAGUGGAAGAAUUUCUGAGCCUAAAUCCAAGUCUGUUUUCUUCUUACACUCGUGAUGGUUUACCCCAACAAGUGUAAGAAGAAGGGAGAUGAUUUCAUCAGACUGUUAACAAAUUAUUUAAUUUUUGGACCAUUAGAAUGCGAAAAGAUUUCACUGAUGUUAAGGGAAAAAAACAUCUAGAUUGUAUGAUAAAAAGUAAUGUUAUUUUCUCUUUAGGCUAAAGGCCUACUUUUUAAGUGAAUGACCAUUGAGUAUUUUGUAAAUAAUUGUUUUCUUAACAAUGAAAAAAUGAAUCAAUAAAUAAACGUUUUCAAAAAAGAAAGUACAGUUAUAAAAGGCUAGUGUAGCUUAAUAUAAAUUAAAAAGAAUAGGUUUUAUGAAAGGAAUAGGUUUUCAGAAAUUUAGUCCGGUUUCCUAUUUGAAUUUUCUACAUCUUGCCGGAAUAAACUUUUAAUUUAGUCAAUGAUCAAAGUUUAAGAUAUGCUAUUUUCAGUGCUUUGGAACUUUUUAUAUUUUUUUUAUUGCAUAUCGUGCAUCUAUCUGAUUGAAAAAAUAAGAUAAAACCAACAAAACAACAAACCAACAAAUCUUUCAAUCUGCAAAAUUAUGUAAACUAAAAUAUCAACACUUAACUUUUAUUAUAACACACAGUCAAAUUUUUUCAGUAAACACAGAAUCAGAAAAAAUAAUCCAAUCUUCUUUUUAAUACAAAAUGUAUAUAGAACACAUUUUACUUAUGAAAAUGAACUGUAUAAAAAACUAAAUCUCACAACUAAAACCAUAGGUAAAUAAAAUCAAUUCUAAUUACUUGGGUGUUUUACAAGUUCAGUAAAGCCAAACAUUUGUAUAAGCAUUCUUACGUAUGAUUGAGGUGGAAGCAACAGCGAGGGUUUUAUCGUGAUAGAAAAAUAAAGAAAUUUGUUCUGUAAAACAAGGUCAAGAUAUAGUAAAUGAAAGGUGCCUACAGGUUUAUGAAAUUCAAGAUAUAAAUUCUAUAAAUGAUGCCUCAUAACAAUAUCUUUGUUUCUUAGGAUGUACCGGGGUUAAAUAUUUGGUAAACACAAUAAAAAUUCAAUGUUAAACAACCAUUUUCUAUGAAGUAUGAAGGAUAAAUGUAACAAAUCUCGGAGUUUGGUCCAUUUUGACUAACGAAAUAUAUCUAGAAAACCUGCAGUCUCUCAAAAAACGGCAUUAAACAAGCUCUUGACCUCCUUUUUAAAAUGAUGUCAAAUUAAAUAUAGGAACCGGGAUUACUUUUCCCGCGAUUAAAUAGGCUAUAGAAUGUCAAAAUAUUGUUUUAUUUUCUACAUAAUUCCUUUAAAGCCGUAAAAUACAGGAAAAGAUCAUCAAAUCAAUUAUGACGUCAUAAUGGUUCUAACACCAAAAAGACAGUAUAGAAUCAUUUACUAGAUCUUGAUCAAUAUACAAACUAAUAAAAAAAAGUUACGAGUUCGUGUAAAGAUUGAUUCUCGGGGAUCAGUAGGUAGACAUCAUAUUCAUUAUUACUUUUUUUCAUCAAUCUUCCUGUUCGUAUACUAGUUUAGUGUGUUUGGCACAAUUUUGAAAUCUAUGGAAUUCUACAACAAAAUGGCGGAAAUUAAGGAAAAAGCGAAAGAAUACAAAAAAAAUUUAAGUACUUCCGCAUAUUUACUUUGAUGACUUUAUUUUGAGGUAUAUUAUAUUUUAUAUCAUAUCAUUCCAUUACUUGAAACUGCACAAUGUUUUAACUUCCUUCUUUGUCUCAGUAAACGUCUUAGGAACCCUAGAUUAAAGCUGAUAAAUCCUAUAGUAGAACAAAAGCUACUCUGUAAACGAACAUUUGUCCCAAUAAUUGGAAGGUAAAUUAAAAAAAAAAUUAGAUAUUCGCCAACGUUUACAUGAAUUCCAAUGUAUUGGGGGGAGGGGGUAUUUUUGUGUGUGUGUUUUGUUUUAAAUUUGUUUCUUUAUUUGUUUCUUUUGUUUUUUAUUUCUUUUUGUUAUGAUUAAGAAUAAAAUAAACCCUUGUGUUAUUAUAAAUAUUUAACGCUUGUAUUAUUUUACAAAAUUCGAGAUGAAUAUUACGGAAGUGAAAUGAAAUGAGCUUUUUCUGUUCCCACUUCUAAGCCACAUUUGUGUAUAUAGUAUCUUUGUGAAGAAAUUGUAUAAAAUGUAAAUGCAUGUUUAAAGCAUCCCGUCAUGUUUCACGUUUCAAUUUAUUAUAAUAAAAAAUAAAAUUGAUUCCAUUGCAAAACUA